CAAAAGGCAAAACCAAAACACUUACAAACAAGGGUUUUCUGUGUAACUGUCACCGAUCAUCCAUGGCCAAUACCUCCAGCUCCGACACUCGCCACCGCCUCUCUCUGGCGCCUCUACACCAGAUCUCCAAAGUUACAAGUGGGAAGACUUGCUGAGGCAAACUGGGAAUUUGAUAUUGUUAGAUUGUGUUUUCAAAUUAGUUUGCUGAGUAAAACAAAGGAAAGCUUUCUUCAGUGGUGCACUGUUGAAUGGUUGACGUGAGCUUAUAAAAUUGCAGAUUGAGUCAAAAUAUGUUCAAGGUGCUGACAAUCCUAUUCCGCUUUCACCACAGUGGCUUUUGCCAAAGCCAGGAGAGAGUAAACCUGGAACAGGAACUGGGGAAAGCCACUUUAGCCAGUAUCCAUCUCAUGGCAAUCGCUUGGACAUUGCAAAGUUAUCAGGAGUCGGAGAAGAGUUGAAUGAUACUCAGAAAAAAAAGGAUGUCUUCCGGCCUUCCUUGCUUGAUAUGGAAACCAGUCGCCGCGACCGUUGGCGUGAUGAAGAAAGAGAUACUCAUUCCUCAAUGCGCAAAGAUCGCUGGAGGGAUGGAGAUAAAGAGCAUGGUGAGGCCCGCAGGAUGGAUCGAUGGACAGAAAAUUCUUCCAUACGUCACUAUGGUGAAGUGCGUCGGGCUCUCACUGAAAGGUGGACUGACUUAGGGAACAGGGACACCAAUUAUGACCAACGGCGUGAGAGCAAAUGGAACACACGCUGGGGGCCUGAUGAUAAAGAGACAGAUGGUUUGCGUGCCAGAUGGAUUGACACUGGUAAAGAUGGUGACAUGCCUGUUGAUAAAGGAUUGUCUCAUGCUUUUAGUCAUGGAAAGGAUGAGAGGGAGGGAGAUAGAAAUCGACCAUGGAGAUCUAGCUCAUUACAAAAUCGAGGAAGGGGAGACCCUGUUCAUCACCAUACUCCAACACCUAACAAACAGGUUCCUGCAUUUUCUUACAGCCGGGGACGUGGGGAAAGCACUCCUAUUUUUUCUUCUAGUCGUGGAAAGCUGAAUUCCAGUGGGAACUAUACGAGUAGUGUUUCUACGCAUUCUCAGCCUCUGGGAAUCCUCCCUGACAAGGGUGAAAGUAGCUUUGGAGAAUUUCGUACAUUAAGAUAUGGUAGAACAAAAUUGCUUGAUGUGUAUAGAGUGACUGAUAUGAGAUCCUAUCAGAAACUCUUAGAACGGCUUGCUCAGGUGCCUUCUCUCACACAGGAAGAUCCAGUAGAGCCUCUUGCGUUCUGUGCGCCAAAUCCUGAAGAAGUGGUUAUAUUGAAAGGAAUUGACAAAGGGGACAUCAUAAGUAGUGGUGCACCUCAGGUAUCUAAGGAUGGAUCUGUUGGGCGAAGCUCAAUUGAUUUUACUCCAUCUAGGCGAACAAAGCAUGAGAGUAAAGAAGAUUUACCACUUGCUGUUGAUGAUUAUAAAGAUGAAAGUUUUGACAAUUCAAAGGGUGUUUAUGCGAAUUACUCAGAUGGCUCAUCACAGGACAAGCAGACACACAAUUAUGGCUCCAACUCAAAGAUGGAAACCAUCCAAGAUCGGGAGGUUUACCCUGAUAGUAAGUUUAGAGCUGAAGCUUUUAGAGAAGACAGUGGUCCUUUCAGAGUGGCUGAUGCCAUCAAUAGGGAAUCAAGCGUGCAUGAAAAUAGUUCUGUCCCUUCUGGUACUGUAUGGAAAGCCUCAUCACUUGAAGAUCAUUCGCAUAUGGCUUCUCAUGUUCGAAAGGAAAUUCCAAGUGAUGUUAAGUCAAUAACCUCUGACUUGGCCUGGUCUCAGCCACAGAAGGAUACCACUAGCCAUUGGGAUGGUGAUUUGGCUAAAUGGCAGACAAGUGAAGAUUCUGUUAUCAAAAGGCAGGCAUCAAUAGUUAUGGACAGGGACCAUGAAGCCAGGAAACUCCCACAGCCCUCUCCGGAAGAACUUAUACUGUAUUAUAAAGAUCCUCAGGGUGAGAUUCAAGGACCUUUUAGUGGGAUUGAUGUUAUUGGAUGGUUUGAAGCUGGGUAUUUUGGUAUAGAUUUGCCAGUUCGUGUUGCAAGUGCAUCAAAGGAUUCACCUUUUUUAUUACUGGGUGAUGUUAUGCCCCAUUUACGAGCUAAGGCCAGACCACCACCUGGAUUUAAUGUGCCAAAACAGAAUGAGAUCACAGAUGCAUCAAUUAGACCAAACUACAGUGGCUUUGAUGUGAUGAGAAAUGGGACAAAGCAUAAAGAUGGUUUGACUACAGAAGCUGAAAAUAGGUUCCUCGAGUCACUGAUGGGAGGUAAUGUCAGCCAUUUGCCUCAAGAUUUUCAAGGUUACAUUGGAAAUAGUAGUUCCAGCGUUGUUCCCCCAUCUGGAUUAGAUAGUUUGAAUGACCCAUACCUCUUGGCCAAGAGAAUGACCCUUGAGCGGCAGAGAUCUUUACCCAGUCACUAUCCGUAUUGGCCAGGGAGAGAUGCUACAUCUAUGGUUUCGAAGUCAGAUCUGGUUUCUGAAUCACCAACUCCUGUAAAACUCUUAUCUUCAGUAACUGAUAGUUCUCGCCAGCCAUAUUCUCAAAGUAAUGAGUUGAUGUCCAUCCUUCAAGGAUUGUCAGACAGGUCUGGCUCUAGCAUAAGCAAUGGUGUUCCUUGUUGGUCAAAUUUUUCUGUCCAAGGUAGUGUGGAUCAACUUAAGAAUAAAAUUGAUUUGCAUAAUGCUCAAAGCUUGCCUCCUCAAUCCCCUUUUGUUAUCCAAAAACAGAGGCAACCAACACAGAACCCAACCCCCUUAAUAAAUUUAUUAGGUCAAACUAUGGAGAAUCCUGCUGGCAUCUCUGCACCUGAAAAUGUUUUUUCCUCUGGUUUAUCACAAGAUCCUCAACUAUUAAGUAUGUUGCGGCAGCAGUACUUGAUGCAGGCACAAUCCCAGACAUCUGUUCCAGCACAGGAGCUGCUGUUAUUGGAUAAGUUAUUAUUUCUUAAGCAGCAACAGAAACAGGAAGAGCAGCAACAAUUACUGCAGCAACAACAGUUGCUCUCUCAGGUUCUGUCAGAGCAUCAUUCUCAUCAAGUUCAUGGUGAGCAGUCAUAUGCAGAGUUACAGGCUGGUGUAGCAACAGGAAAUACAUCCGUUGAUUCUUCUCAACUUCAACCAUCACAAUUUCAGAGUGCUUUGCAGAUACCAGUUCUGAAGACCCCUGAUGACCGUACCACAGACUUCCCGAAUUCUCCUCCACAAGUCUCACAGGGUGUAAGUCACUCCGGUGAGUCCGAAGCCUCUGUCUUACCUUUGCCACAUCUGAUGUUUAAUCAUCAAAACUGGAGUGCAACUCUUCCAGAACAAAUAGAUGAUAUCCAUCAGAAGGAACCAUUGGCAGUUUCAACAGUCACUGAAGGCUUUUCCUCAUUAGAGGCCAUGGACAAGUCCCUGCAGGAGUCAUCUGUAGUGAAGAAACCUGUUCUUGCUUCAAAAUGCGAUGCUCCUGUUACCCUUGAGAAGGCAUCAGAAGACACUUGGAAGACUGAUGAACCUGUCAGUGUUGCUACAUCGGAGGUAGCUGUGCACUCUUCACCUUCAGAGGGCCCUGAAAUGUCUGUUAAUAUACCAUCUAUUGAUACCAGCAACAGUGAACGAUCCAUGCCUGAGCAUGCCAAAGAUGUUAAAGCUCCAGGAGAUAUUGCUCCUGAAGGACUGCAGGUUGAAAGCAAAAGAAGCAGUGACAGACCCUUGAUGGUGUCAGAAUCAAAGAAUGUUGAAGUUCGUGAGGUCAAGAAAUCUUCUGAGAAGAAGUCGAGAAAGCAGAAGUCUAAUAGGUCACACUCUUCUGACCAAUCAAAGGGAGUAUCCAAAACUUCAUCUUUGCAGCAACCUAAGCAAUCUGAAAUAGAGGGAACUAUUUUUUCUGACACAAAGUUUGAAAUGAAUAAAGGCACCAGAGAAAUGCAGUAUGGAGCAUCUCUACAAAAGACAAGAGAGAGCAACCCUGGGUUGCCUACUGCAGAAAUUCUGGAUUCCCAAAAUGCCGAGGCCUUACUACCUGAGAGGAUUUUCAAGGAUGAUGUUGAAAUUGUGGAAACCAAUCGGGCUGUCUCGGUGCAGAACAGCCAAUUACAUUCUGGGCAAAGGGCUUGGAAACCUGCUCCUGGUUUCAAGCCUAAGUCAUUAUUAGAAAUUCAACAAGAAGAACAGAGGAAAGCGCAGGCAGAAUUGGUGGUGUCUGAGAUCACUACUUCUGUCAACUCUAUCAAUUUGUCAUCUCCAUGGGCUGGAGUUGUUGCCAAUUCAGACCCAAAAGGUUCUGUGGAAACUCAAAAAGAUGUAGGCACUACUGUGUUAAGUGUGGAGAAUCCUGAAAUUUCUCCAAAUACAAAGAGUAAGAAGAGCCAGUUACAUGAUCUGUUGGCCGAAGAAGUUUUGGCAAAGUCUAACAAAGGAGUUGUGGAUGCUCCUACUGACAAUAAAUCUAGUUUGCCAAGCUUGCAGGAUUCUGCAAUAGAAAGUGACUCUGUAGAUGAUGGUAAUUUUAUUGAGGCUAAAGAAACUAAGAAGAGUCGUAAAAAGUCUGCCAAAGCCAAGGGUGCUGGAGCUAAGGUCGCAGCGCCUACUGAUGUUCCUGCUGGUAUGAGUCCUAUUGAGAAAAGUAAGAACUCUCGUUAUGUACAGCCGGAGAAGGAAGUAUUGCCUGCCAUACCAAUGGGACCAUCUUUGGGAGAUUUCGUUCUAUGGAAGGGGGAGUCUGCAAAUCCUUCCUCUGCUCCUGCUUGGUCUACCGACUCCAAGAAGAUUCCUAAACCCACAUCAUUGCGGGACAUUCUAAAAGAGCAGGAGAAGAAGAUUUCUUCUUUCCAGUCCCAGAAUCAAAUGUCAACCCCUCAAAAAUCUCAGCCAACUCAGGCUGCUGAUAGCGUUAAUCUGACGUGGUCGCUCUCUGCUUCUCCAUCUAGGGGUGCUUCUCCGAUCCAGAUAAAUUCUCAUUCUUCCUCUCUGUCAAAAUAUAAAGGAGAUGAUGAUCUAUUCUGGGGUCCAAUUGAACAAUCUAAAAAAGAAACUAAACAGGUAGAUUUUCCUAUGCUUUCAAAUCAGGGCAGUUGGGGGAACAAAAACACUCCUGUAAAAUCAACUCCAGGUGGGUCCUUGAUCCGACAAAAGUCUGUUGGUGUCAGAGCUGCUGAGCGCACUCUUUCCAUUUCACCUGCCUCUACUCAGUCUUCCCUUAAAGAGAGAAAAGAUAGCAUGGCCAAGUAUUCAGAGGCUACAGGCUUCAGAGAUUGGUGUGAGAGUGAGUGUGUUAGGCUUAUUGGGACAAAAGACACAAAUUUCUUGGAAUUUUGUUUGAAGCAGUCCAGAUCAGAGGCUGAGAUGCUUCUGAUAGAGAACCUUGGAUCAUUUGAUCCAGAUCAUGAAUUCAUUGACAAGUUUCUUAACUACAAGGAGCUGUUACCUGCGGAUGUGCUUGAAAUUGCCUUUCAAAGUCAGAUUGAUCGGAAUGUCACCGGGUUUGGUGCCAGAGAUAUGAGUUCAGACAAUGCUGGUGUUGGAGACUAUAAUCGAGAUAAUACAGGUGGCCCUGAUGGCUCAUCCAAGGGAGGAGGAAAGAAAAAGGCGAAGAAAGGAAAGAAGGUUAGUCCAUCAGUUCUGGGAUUCAAUGUUGUCAGUAACCGUAUCAUGAUGGGGGAGAUUCAGACGGUGGAGGAUUAGGGUAUGUAAAUACAUUUGGCUUAACUGUUUUGUAAAUUUUUUUUCAAUUUAGUAGUUUUUUUAUUUCUUACGGAGCAGCAGCAGGACUAAAUCGAUCUGCUCAAGCAAUUUUGUUAAGUUAUAUUCUCGCAGCAUAGUUCUCUGUUAUUUUGGUCAUAGAACUACCAUGCGAGUUUUAUAUCUAUGAAAUUAACAGAACUUUUUUUUA